AUGCCUGGGAACAAGUACAACGGUAAUUCAGCCCACAUCCCACCAACUCGAGUUGAACGGCUCUUGAGAGAAAGGGAGCUAAGGAAAAAUAACAAGGCCUUGAACUUGAAUGAAACAUUUGAACCUGAGUUGCAGUUAAGAGAAGAUGAAAACUCAAAUGCUGCCCAUGUUGAACGAUUCUUGGAAGGGGCUGCAGCUGCAAGGGCGCUUAAUGAGGGAUACGAAAACCAAGACCGGAGGCCUAGCAGACAACGACUGUUGGUUGUGGCGAACAGGUUACCUGUCUCUGCAAUUAGAAGAGGUGAAGAUUCAUGGUCUCUGGAGAUGAGUGCAGGGGGUCUGGUCAGUGCACUUUUGGGUGUAAAGGAGUUUGAGGCAAGGUGGAUUGGUUGGGCCGAGGUAAAUGUGCCGGAUGAAAUUGGACAGAAGGCGCUUACUAGAGCUCUUGCUGACAAGAGAUGUAUUCCAGUUUUCCUUGACGAGAGCCCCGCAAAACAAAUGGUUGUUUUACUCAGAACCAGAGCCCCGCAAACAGCCUUGAGCUGGUUCACUUCACUCAACAUCUCCAGUUGUAAUCUCCUUUUGAUAUUAGUGGAAUUUCCUCGCCGUCUCGAAACUGGAUGUAGGCUUACGCCGAACCAGUAUAAAUCCUUGUGUCUUUUUGGAUUAUUUGUCUUGUCAUAUUUUGCUGUAUUAGCUUUGGUUUCAUAUUUGAAGCUUCUGCACAACAGAUCUAUUCAUGGGGUACCCUUUGCAACCGAAGAAGUGGAAGAGAUAUCGGGUUCACAGCCUGCUGAAGUUCUCAACUUGGUGCAGGGUAAAUGGAAGAACACUAAUAGAUGGAACACAAUUUGGGAUCCUUUAAAUGGGGAGCCAUUCAUUAGAGUUUGUGAAGUUGAUGAAACGGGAAUACAGCCGUUUGUGGAGAGCUUGUCCAGGUGCCCGAAACAUGGUCUUCACAAUCCGUUCAAAGCACCAGAGAGGUAUCUUAUGCUUGGGGACAUAUCUGCAAAGGCAGGUCACAUGCUUUCCUUGCCAAAGGUUUCUGAUUUCUUCACAAGAUUAAUACAAAGGGUUGCUCCAAAGAGUUACCAUCAGGCUUCUGGUGAAGUUUAUGUCACUCAAAAAUUUCUUGAGAAUUUCUCCAGCGAUCAGGUCCGCUUCCUUGCAAGAUCUUUUGGGGUGCCUGGAAAUCAUCUUGGACAGCAAAGUCAUGGUUUCCGUUGGCCUUAUGGUCCUGUUGCAAUCAUUACUCCCUUAAAUUUUCCACUACAAAUUCCUGUACUUCAGUUGAUGGGUGCACUUUAUAUGGGUAACAAACCAGUCCUCAAAGUUGAUAGUAAGGUAAGCAUUGUUAUGGAGCAAAUGCUGAGGCUGCUUCAUUACUGUGGGCUACCGACAGAGGAUGUUGACUUCAUAAAUUCUGAUGGGCAGACAAUGAACAAGCUACUAUUAGAGGGAAAUCCACUAAUGACCCUUUUCACUGGUAGCUCAAGAGUGGCAGAUAAGUUGGCUGGUGACCUGAAGGGUCGUGUUAAGUUGGAAGAUCCAGGAUUUGACUGGAAGAUUUUAGGGACUGACGUUCAUGAGGAAGACUAUGUUGCAUGGGUCUGUGAUCAGGAUGCAUAUGCUUGUAGUGGUCAGAAGUGCUCUGCACAAUCGAUGCUCUUCAUCCAUGAGCGUACUACUUCACAGGAAAGUACGCUGACCAAGGGUGGAUGAUCUUGCUGACAUCAAUCUUAGGAUUAACAAAUGGUUAUCUCACUAUCUGUGUCAUGACAAUGGCACCCAAAGGCUACAACGGACCUGAGCAAAAUGCCUUGGGAAAUAUACUUGUUCUGUUUCGUUUGGGAGGCAUAUUUGCAGGGGUUUGCCUUGACUGGUUGUGGCUCAUUGGUAAGGAUAAAUUCUAAGGAGCAAAAGUGUGGGAUUGAAGAAAGAAAG